AUGUUGUGGACGCAACGUGAGCCGUGUCCGAAUUGCGACAAGCAGAAAAAUCCCAAGUUUGAUCCGAAAAAGUCCUCACCAUAUGCAACCCUUCCAUGUACUGCACAAGAAUGUAGUCAUACUAAUGACACUGGCUACACCUCUUGCUCAAAGGAUGAUCAAAAGGUCUGCAACUACAAUUACACUUACAUGGAUGAUUCAAUAACGCAGGGGGUGAUGUCAAAAGAGACAAUCACAUUCGGAUCCAGCUCCGGGAAGCCAGUUUCGUUCAAAGAUGUUGUGAUAGGUUGUGGACACAACAAUACUGGGAAAACCUUCGGCGAAAACGAAAUGGGGAUAGUAGGGGUUGGAGCUGGGAAUUUAUCGAUUAUUUCUCAACUUGCUCCUUACGUUGGAGGCAAGAAAUUCUCACAUUGUCUCGUGCCCUUUGAUCCGGAUCAUCCCAAUGAUGCAAGCAUCAUGAGUUUCGGAAAGGGAAGUGAGGUUUCGGGUGAAGGUGUAGUAUCGACUCCAUUAAUCACCAAACAUGGCAAAAACCAAUAUUUUUUCACGGUUGAAGGAAUCAGCGUCGGAGAACAGUUUGUGCCAUUUAACUCAUCAGGUUCGGUUUCAAAGGGGAACAUGUAUCUCGACUCGGGUACACAAGUGACAAUGCUGCCACAAGAUUUUUACGGCAGAUUGGUAGAACAAGUAAAGAAGACGAUGAAUUCGUCAGUAAAACCAGUCGAAGUAAAUGACGAGUCUGGAACUUUGCUGUGCUACAACACCACGGAGAAUCUCAAAGCACCAUGA